AGAGCACUUCCUGCCCGGCGCAGAGCGGCGGCCGGAAGGGGACGCUCAUUGUUGGUGCUGGAGGACCCGCGAGGAGGCCGCGAGCGGUGCCCGGAGCCCCGCGGCGGCGGUGGCGAAGAUGCCCGACCGUGACAGCUACAACAACGGCAACAGUGGCGAUGAGGUGGGUGCCAACGCCGACGACAUCUGUCGCGAUUUCCUGCGCAACGUUUGCAAGCGAGGCAAGCGCUGCCGCUUCCGCCACCCCGACAUCAGCGAGGUCACCAACCUGGGCGUGCGCAAGAACGAGUUCAUCUUCUGCCACGACUUUCAGAACAAGGAGUGCGUCCGUCUCAACUGCCGCUUCAUCCACGGCACCAAGGAGGACGAGGACUGCUACAAGAAGACGGGGGAGCUGCCCCCGCGCCUGCGGCAGAAGGUGGCCGCUGGGCUGGGACUCUCGCCCGCCGACCUGCCCAACAGCAAGGAGGAGGUGCCCAUCUGCCGGGACUUCUUGAAGGGCGACUGCCAGCGGGGUGCCAAGUGCAAGUUCCAGCACCUGCAGCGGGACUAUGAGUAUGAGGCGCGGGGCAUGGCGGCCCGCGAGCAGGGCAUCGUCCCGGCCGGCCGCCGCUACGACCCCUACGACGCCAUCUAUGACCCCGACCGCUACGAUGACCACGACCCCGUGCUGAAGCGGCGGCGGGUGGACGGGCUGCACUUCGAGACCUACGAGUACAGCUUCGCCAGCCCGCGGACGGUGGAGUACCGGCUGCUGGAGGAGGAGAACAUCAUGCUGCGCAAGCGCGUGGAGGAUCUCAAGAAGCAGGUGAACAACCUGCUGGCCACCAACGAGGUGCUACUGGAGCAGAACGCCCAGUUCCGCAACCAGGCCAAGGUGAUGACGCUGAGCUCCACCGCCACCGCCACUGAGCAGACUCUGGCUCCCACCGUGGGCACCGUCACCAACUACAACCACAGCAUCGCCCAGACGCACACCACGCUCAGCAGCCAGGCCCUCCAGCCCCGGCCCGUAUCCCAACAGGAUUUGGUAGCUCCCGCCGGAGCCCAGGCGGCUCCCCCUGCCAACGCCGCUCCCCCCAUGAACCCUGAAAUCACCCCGCUUUCGGCCGCCUUGGCCCAGACCAUCGCACAGGGCAUGGCCCCCCCUGUCUCCAUGGCGCCGGUGGCCGUCUCGGUGGCACCGGUGGCCGUCUCCAUGGCACAGCCACUGGGGGGGAUCACCAUGAGCCACGCCACCACCCCCAUGGUGACGUACCCCAUCGCCUCCCAGAGCAUGAGGAUAACGGCCAUGCCCCACUGACCCCCCCAAAGUGGGGGGCCAUGCUGCCAGUGGGGGGGGCUGGGGAAACCGGCCGGACCGCGACCCCCAUAUGAAACUGAGCCCCCGGGGGAAACGGGAGGAUGAGCAGGACGAAGGGCAGACCCGCCGCCCCAGCCUGUGGACAGUGGUGGGGGCUCUUGUCUGCUGGGGGCGGGGGGGCUGGCGGUGUGGUGACCCCCCCGCCGGGGCUUCGUGCCUCGGUCCGGCACCUGCCGCACAGAGAGGUGUUGGUGAAGCCUCCCGUGGGGGUUGGGGCUGCACCCCCCGGAGCCCCGCGUGUGGACACGCCCCCCCCCGUGCCAGGGCUGUGUCCCAGGGGGGGCGGCACCGGGGCCGCGGCUCCCCCGAGCCCUGUAACGUUUUCAACUAUUAAAAAGACCAAAAAGUC